GUUUGGGUUCACAAACGCCGUCGGGGGGAAAUCGGAAUAACGAUCGGAAAAUGCAGUCCGCCGAGCAGUUAGUACUCGAUCUCAGCAGUCCUGAUCUUCGCGAAAAUGCGCUACUUGAGCUUUCCAAGAAGAGAGAACUGUUUCAGGAUUUGGCUCCACUAUUGUGGAACUCCUUUGGUACCAUUGCAGCUCUGUUACAGGAGAUAGUUUCAAUAUACCCCUUUCUCUCACCACCCAACUUGACUCCAGCUCAAUCAAACAGAGUCUGCAAUGCACUUGCGCUUCUUCAGUGUGUGGCUUCCCAUCCAGACACAAGAAUGCUGUUCUUGAAUGCUCAUAUUCCUCUAUAUUUAUACCCUUUCCUCAACACUACGAGCAAAUCAAGGCCAUUUGAGUAUCUGAGGCUUACUAGUUUAGGUGUCAUUGGUGCCCUGGUGAAGGUCGAUGACACAGAAGUUAUCAGCUUUCUGCUUUCGACAGAAAUAAUCCCCCUGUGCCUGCGCACAAUGGAAAUGGGAAGCGAAUUGUCAAAAACAGUUGCGACAUUUAUAGUUCAGAAGAUCUUGUUGGAUGAUGUGGGGUUGGACUACAUAUGCACGACAGCUGAACGGUUCUUUGCAGUUGGUAGGGUUUUGGGAAAUAUGGUUGCCGCACUUGCUGAACAACCCUCUUCCCGCCUCUUGAAGCACAUCAUCCGCUGCUACCUUCGCUUAUCCGAUAAUCCAAGGGCAUGUGAUGCUUUGAGGAGUUGUCUUCCAGAUAUGCUACGGGAUGCUACUUUUAGCAGUUGCCUUCGUGAGGAUCCAACAACGAGAAGGUGGCUUCAACAACUGGUUCAUAACGUUCAAGGGCCUCGCGUCGGUCUUCAGGGAGGUGGAGGAUUUGAUCACAUGUUGGUGAACUGAAACAAAGUUUGGUGUUGUUAUGAUUUAGAGACUUGGGGAAAAAGCUGUUUUGAAAACUUAAAAUAGCAGUUUGUUUAUAUUUCUAGCUAUCAUAUUCUUCAUCAUGUGUAUAUCAAAAACUAAACUGCUUUAUUAUUGAAUUUAUCAAGGGAUUUUGGUUUAUGAUUGUGU